AAAAUGGCGGCAGCGGCGGCUGCACGAGCAGUUUCUUUGGGUCCAGGGCUCUCGGGCCUGCGACCGGCGCUGCCACUUGUAGUGAUUCUUGGGGCCACGGGCACCGGUAAGUCCACCCUGGCGUUGCAGCUAGGCCAGCGGCUCGGUGGCGAGAUCGUCAGUGCUGACUCCAUGCAGGUUUAUGAAGGCUUAGACAUCAUCACCAACAAGGUUUCUGCCCAAGAGCAGAGAAUGUGCCAGCACCACAUGAUCAGCUUUGUGGAUCCUCUUGUGACAAAUUACACAGUAGUGGACUUCAGGAACAAGGCAACUGCUCUGAUUGAAGAUAUAUUUGCCCGAAACAAAAUUCCUAUUGUCGUGGGAGGAACCAAUUAUUACAUUGAAUCUCUGCUCUGGAAAGUUCUUGUCAAUACGAAGCCCCAGGAGAUGGGCGCUGAGAAAGUGAUUGACCGGAAAGCAGAGCUUGAAAAGGAGGAUGGCCCUGCACUCCACAAUCGCCUACGCCAGGUGGACCCAGAGAUGGCUGCCAAACUGCACCCACAUGACAAGCGCAAAGUGGCCAGGAGCUUGCAAGUUUUUGAAGAAACAGGAAUCACUCAUAGUGAAUUUCUUCACCGUCAACAUGCAGAAGAAGGUGGUGGUCCUCUUGGAGGCCCUCUGAGGUUCCCUAACCCUUGCAUCCUCUGGCUUCAUACUGACCAGAAAGUUCUAGAUGAGCGCUUGGAUAAGAGGGUGGAUGACAUGCUUGCUGCUGGGCUCUUGGAUGAACUAAGAGAUUUUCACAGACGCUAUAAUGAGAAGAAAGUUGCUGAAAAUAGCCAGGACUAUCAGCAUGGUAUCUUCCAGUCAAUUGGCUUCAAGGAAUUUCACGAGUACCUGAUCACUGAGGGAAAAUGCACACCAGAGACUAGUAACCAGCUUCUAAAGAAAGGUAUUGAGGCUCUGAAACAGGUGACGAAGAGAUAUGCCCGGAAGCAGAACCGAUGGGUUAAAAAUCGCUUUUUGAGUAGACCCGGUCCCAGUGUUCCCCCGGUGUAUGGCCUAAAAGUAUCUGAUGUCUCCAAAUGGGAGGAGUCUGUCCUUGAACCUGCUCUGGAAAUCGUGCAAAGUUUCAUCCAGGGUCUUAAACCUACAGCAGCUCCAAUAAAGAUGUCAUGCAAUGAAACUGAAAACAAAAGAAGUUAUCAUACAUGUGAACUCUGUGAUCGCAUCAUUCUUGGGGACCGAGAAUGGACAGCACAUAUAAAGUCCAAAUCCCAUGUGUACCAACUGAAGAAAAGAAGAAGACUGGACUCAGAUGCCGUCAGCCCCACAGAAAGUCAGUGUAUUUCCCUAGACUGUGACAAUCAGCUUAAAGAGAAGGGAUCCCCAGGGCAGAAGGAUGGAGAGCUGAAGUCCAGUGUUUAAGAAACAAGUCCAGUGGCCUUUGGAAAGGUGGCAGGAGUCCAGUUCUGGAGGGAGGGCUGUGUCUGUCUCAGUCUGGCCUGAGGAGUGCUGUGCAGAAAGCUCCCGCCAUUUUCCUCCAUUCAGUGGUGUGGUUUUUUGUUUGUUUGUUUGUUUGUUUUUUAAAGAUUUAUUUAUUUAUACAGAACUGUGGUACAGGCCAGAG